CCGCUAGUCACCGCCGCACGGGCCACGUCUGAACUGGACAUGCAUCUCAACACUCUCAAUUUGUUUGUAACUUAGUAUACGGUACUAGUAGCGUGUUCUCUCAGCCUUCAGGCAAGUCGGUUGACCUUCCAGCGCUUGCCGAAACUUGACCAACUGCCGUAUCCACCCCUAUUCAACUCCCAAAUUCGGAGACGCUCAGCCUUGCAUCUACGCAAGAACGGCAGUAUGUUUCAGAGAGAUGGCGUGGGUCGAACAUCGUGAGAUGUUUUAGGAUCUGUGUGCACGACGAGACGACCACUGCGUCGAUGCUUCAAUGUUUUCUUUACAAUAAUUCAUAAACAACAUCAGUCUUGCGCUGGUUCUGAGCCGAAUAUCAGUGUCUCCCGACCACAUCAAUGUCUUCAGAGACUUUGAACUCACCUCCUGAUCCCGAGUUUCUCGCUGCAGCAGCUCAACGUCGCAGUGCCACGACAGCACACGCAGUUUCUGGUCCUGAACUCCUUCGACAGCAUGAGCAGCGCCAGAAGUUUCGACGUCUGAUAGACCCUGGAAUCUCUCGGCCUAAUUCCCAUGAAGCGACGAUGGCCUCCUUGAAGAUAUUAUCAAAGAUCUCUGAGAAUCUUAUACGAGAGCCCGAAAACCCCAAAUUCCGGCAGUUCAAAUCCACAAAUAAUACGAUCAGACGGUGCCUGAUUGAAACUAAGGGUGCGCUGGAGUAUGCAAUCGAGAUGGGGUUUCAUCCGGAGGUCAAGGAUUUCCAGCCCCUCUACGUCUGGAAUGAGCGCAAAAGCGAAGAAUUGCACAUUGGCGCUCAAAUAUUACAAGAGACUAUAGAACUGGCUGAGCAAAAACUAGCCAGGUCUCAAAAAAAUGCGGCUGAAGUGAAAGCUGCUAUUGAGGCUGCCAAGCGAAAUGCUCUACUAGCUUUCAUGGACGAUCGCAAAACCAAGGAGCUCCGCGACCAACGUGAUCGCCACAAUCGUGAAGUUCGAGCCCUUCACUCUCCGAGUGUAGAUGGCGAAGGAACUACAUCCUCUUCCCCACCGCCCUCCACUGCAGAAAUGCCAGGUAGCGGUCAUGUUUUGUCAUCACCUGACCCUGUAGUAGUAGAUGAACCUCCCCCGUAUCAUGAUCGCGACUGACAGUUUCAACCCCCGUCGAUCUAACAUGCUCACAUUUAUGCUGACCAACGGUCAGGCAU